GCACCGCGGCGGAGCGCUGCGCCUUUCGGUGCGCAUCUUCAUUCCCGGCUACAGGAGGAAAGGUGCGCACGAUGUCUCUCCCCCAUCCUCGGAAACAGUUCUCCCCCUUGACUCGUCUCUGAUUUGACUUCCACUACUUUGGCUGCAUCGGAUUUUGCGCCCUGCAACUUCUCGAAGCUUUUUUUUUUUUCUUCCCCCAGUGACACUGAGUUGGGUGCGCAACAGCUGAGGAGGAGAGGUGACUGUCUUGUUCUGUUAAAGACAUCCGAGACGACUCGCUCGUUUGUUACAAUCUCCGACGACAUUGAAGACUACAAAUGAAGUGACAGUGCCUGUCAGCGUCAGUCUCCCGAUGGAGUUUAAAACCCGCUUUUCCUCCCUCUGAACUUCUCCCCGGCUCUCCGAUGAUGGACGGCGGACGCUCGUCAAGGACUUUCACACCUGAUCGCGCAGCUUUCGCCAACACAUGACGGGAAGAAGCAUGUUACCUCGGAGCUUACCGGACAGCAGCAGGGCUAUGGGGAUCAGACAUCGGACGAAAAGCCAGCAUCACUCCAGACCCAUCUCCAAGAUAUACUUCGUAUUCAUUCUGCUCCUGCUCAUUUUCACGCCGAGGGUGGAUUCGUCGUGGUGGUACAUCGGGGCGCUGGGUGCUCGGGUGAUCUGCGACAACAUUCCUGGCUUGGUGAACAAGCAGCGUCAGCUGUGCCAGCGGCACCCGGACCUGAUGCAGUCCAUCGGUGAGGGGGCCAAAGAGUGGAUCAGAGAGUGCCAGCACCAGUUCAGACACCACCGCUGGAACUGCAGCACGAUGGACCGCGACCACACGGUGUUUGGCCGGGUGAUGCUGCGAAGCAGCCGAGAGGCGGCCUUCGUGUACGCCAUCUCCUCAGCGGGAGUGGUGUACGCCAUCACCAGGGCCUGCAGUCAGGGGGAGCUGAAGAUCUGCAACUGCGACGGCCACAAGCGAGGGCGAGCCAGCGACGACAGGGGCAACUUCGACUGGGGCGGCUGCAGCGAUAACGUCAACUACGGCAUCAAAUUCGCAAAGGCCUUCGUGGACGCUCGAGAGGGGAUGGGCAAGGACGCUCGGGCGAUGAUGAACCUGCACAACAACCGGUGCGGUCGGAUGGCAGUGAAGCGCUUUAUGAAGCUGGAGUGCAAGUGUCAUGGGGUCAGCGGCUCCUGUUCUCUGAGAACCUGCUGGCUGGCCAUGUCCGACUUCAGGCGCACCGGAGACUACCUGCGCAAGAAGUACAACACGGCCAUCGAGGUGACCAUGAACCAGGCGGGCUUCAUGGUGGCGGACAGGGACUUCAAGGGAAGCACCAAGAACGAGCUGGUGUACGUGGAGAACUCGCCCGAUUACUGUCUCAUGGACCGCGCGGCAGGCUCCCUGGGCACUGCAGGCCGAGUGUGCAACAAGUCCUCGAGAGGUACGGACGGCUGCGAGGUCAUGUGCUGUGGGCGGGGCUACGACACCAUGCGCGUCAAACGCGUCACCAAGUGCGAGUGCAAGUUCAAGUGGUGCUGCGCCGUGGAGUGCAGCGACUGCGAGGACAUGGUGGACGUCCACACCUGCAAGCCGCACAAGCGUCCCGAUUGGUUGGACAUAACCUAAGGAGGAGGAUCUGACCAAUCACAGUCACGACUGACUCAUUAACCUGCGCGCUAAUGACUGCAUUUUAUUAUGGGAUAUAUUAUUGGGAUCUCUUAACUGUAAUACCUCCGGCUUUUGAUCCAUUGACACUUCCUGAAGCAGAGACUUCACAGACCUUGAUAGUGAACUGGAAACUAGGCCCAGUUACUGAUCGUGUGCUGCUCUAACAAGUGAUUAUAAGAACAAUCUGUUGAGCUUUUUUUUUUUUUUAAGAGAAACUUUGGAUCUUUGAUACAAAAUGGCUGAAUAUUAUAUUAUUCUGAUGUAAAAUGCACCCUUGGUUCAGGCAGAGAUAAUGAGGUAAUGUCUGCUUUUUUAAGAGUACGUAAAGACCGUGUCAGCAUGUGACAUUGCUCAAAUCGACAUGAUAAUAAUAGUUAUAUUUAGCCUUAAGAGAGAGAAAGAAAGAUUAUUUGAGUUAUUGUAUAAAAAGAAAACAUUGACAUUGUAUCAUUUAAAAUGAUAGAGUCAUUGUAUGGUACUGCAACAAAUCGUGAAAAAAAAAAAAUGCAAAAAGACAGUUGCUGCUAAUUAGCGCAACUCUAAUGAACUAACAAAAAAAGUCCGGAGCUUACGUAAAAAGUUCCUACUUGAGUAAGGCCAGAAGAUUACACUGUGAACACAAACUGACCACAAACCGAGAGAGCGAGGACGGACUUUCAGAUGGACACACCAACAGAAAACCACAAAGCUUCAUAUGGACUGAUAUCUCAAAGGGUUACAUGUUUCACUCAGUAUCCCACAGUCUGUAACUGUCUAACACAUUCUGGCUGCGUUGCCUUAAGGAAAACCUAUUAAUUUCUACCUCUAGUUCUUUGUCUUUGCUAAAAACAUUUUUAUUUUUUUUGGCCCAGUGCUGCACCAACAGCUUCAAACAAAUGUCCGUAGGCUCGGGCUUCGGCGAUAUGGCCAAAAUUGUAUAAUACAGUAUAUGUGAUUUUAUAUCUUAGACCCCAUUUACACCUGCUAUUAAAAUAAGAUCUGUAUAUGGAUAGUUAUGCAGACAAUAAAUGACCCGAUCUUUGCCUUUGCGUUUUACACCUGGUAUUUUUGAUGCAUUUUCUCGUUACUGCCAAUUGAGAUCAGAUCUCUGGCCUCACUUCAUUUGAGGUGGCGGUAAAUCAGCUCCUGGAUUCCUUUAAAAAAAAAAAAAAACAGCAUUUUUUUAGCUGUUGCGUCUGGGGAACCCUUUAUAAAUGUUGUCAAACACUGUCUGUGACAGAUUCUUAAUUAUCUGCCCCCCUUUGUAAAUUCGACAAACACAUGAAUUUGUUCCUUUCUUUGUAUUAAAAAUAUUUUGUCAGCGUGUCUCGGUGUUGCAGUACAGGCGUGAAGGCUACUCUCCAACUACGUAACUUAGAUCCCUUGUUCUUUACAGAUCAGCUGAUUCGAUGAGCACAGUACACACACUGUCUUACACAUCAUUCUGUGAAGUUCUGAUGCAGGUUUCUGAUGUCUGUUACCUUUUGACCGGCCUCACCUUCAUUACUGCUGCUGAUAAACCCAUACUACUGCUUCUCUCAAACUAGAAGGCCCGCUGUACGUUAAUAAAAGUGUCACGACAAUUUUAACGCUGCUAUAUUUUCAUAGAUCCUAUGUAAAAAUCAGUAGCAAACUAAUGUGUUGUAACCUGAAGGAAAAAAUUAUUAAACAAAGUUUCUGUUUAUGAGAUUUUAAA